UCAGCUGCCACACAAAUCAAAAUCCAUUUGCAACCCAAUUUGUGUACCAGAGCAACUGAGAAAUUGGCUUCAGAAAAUAAUAUGACCAUUCAGAGUAAAGGCUUUCACCAUCAUUAUUAUUGUUGUUGUUCAUGGAGCUUUGCAUGCAGAGCCCGAUUAUUUCAGGCAGCAGCGUCGGCCGUAUUCAUCGUCAGACGCCCUGGAGGGUGAGCAGAGGCGUGCGAUGCGGCUUAGCUGAGCCUUCAGGUGUGCCCGCACCCAUGGGCCAAAAAACGCAGUACAAAGAUGGAUUGUUUGAGAGAGCGUUUAUGACACUCUUUGCUCACAAAAUGGACAAGUUCGCUGCCUCCUCUUCUGGUGGGGAGAAGAAAAGGGGAGGCGGGUUGUACGAUUACGAGGGAUUUGUGGGAGUAUCAAAGACGGUAAUGCAGGGGAGGUCUCGAAAACAACAACAAGAGGUGGUGAGGGAGGUACUCUUGUCCAUGCUACCACCAGGGGCGCCCGCUAAGUUCAGGAAGUUGUUCCCCCCCACCAAGUGGGCGGCGGAGUUCAAUGCUGCUUUGACGGUGCCCUUCUUCCACUGGCUAGUCGGCCCUUCUCAAGUUGUUGAAGUGGAGGUAAAUGGAGUAAAGCAAAAGAGUGGAGUCCACAUUACGAAGUGCAGGUACUUAGAGAAUAGCGGAUGCGUUGGAAUGUGUGUAAAUAUGUGCAAGAUUCCCACUCAAGAUUUCUUCACAAAUGAAUUUGGGCUUCCUUUGACUAUGACACCAAGUAUAUUUUGAAGACAUGAGUUGUGAUAUGGUAUAUGGUCAGGCACCACCUCCAUUUGAGGAGGAUCCAGUGUCCACUCAGCCAUGUUAUGCAAACAUAUGUUCAAUUGCAAAUCCAAGUUCACCUACAUGUCCUAAGCUACAAACCUGAGAAGAUAAUUGAACUCUCUCUGGUCUAAACAAGGAUGGCAUUCUGAGAGAGAAUGGUCAAUUGUUGUCCCUAUCUGUGAUGCAUGAUGCAUGAGGAAUGAAUUCCAAAGAAGCCGGAAGUAUCUAAAAAUAAGACCUGCUUACAGAACAACAAUCUACUGGUCAUUCAUUAAUAGGAAGGCCUUGUGGUUUCCUCAUUACCCACUCCAUUACUACUAUCUUCUAUUCCGUUCAUAUUUGCAAUGGAAAAAUGUUAAUUUUAUGUACCAUACAAUUUUUCAUAGUUGAAAACUGUAAACCAAGUUUCAAACUUUACACUUUUCUUGUCACAAGUAAUAAAUUUUAAAAAGUUAAACUAAUUCUAUA